CCGGAUCCGUGGGCGGUGGGUGGCUCCGGGCCGGCCCGGGGGAGGAGCCUCAGGCCGCGGCGUCCUGGGGGAGGAGCGGGCCCAGGUCCUCCCCGCCCGGGUAACGCGGAGCCGCACGUCCGGGCGGGCGCAGUCGCGCUCCUCGGCAUGGAGGAGACGAGGGACCCAGCCGCCGUCGGGGCCGGGAUGGAGGCCGACGGGCCCGAGAGCGCCCAGGAGCCGCCUCCUGCGCCGCGCUCGCCGCCGUCGCCGCCGUCCCCGCCGCCGCCCGCGACCCCGGAGGCCCCCGAGCUCCCGCAGCCCGAGCCGUCGGAGGCCGGCGCGCGGCAGCUGCUGCUGGACGAGUGGGGGCCGCUGGGCGGGAGCCUGCUGCUGCCCUCGAAGGUCACCUGGAAGCUGCUGCUGCUGCGGCGGCCGCUCUACCGCAACCUGCUGCGCUCGCCCAACCCCGAGGGCAUCAACAUUUACCAGCCGGCACCCCCUACCGGUCCCACCCGACAACCCCUGGAGGCUCUGGGCAAUUUCCGAGGAUGGCACAUCGGGACGGAGCCGCUCCAGCAGAACCUCAGCUGGACAGUGAAGCAGCAGUGUGUGAACCUCCUGGCUGAAGGCCUGUGGGAGGAGCUGCUGGAUGACGAGCAGCCGGAUGUCACUGUCAUGGACUGGUACGAGGACAGCCGCCUGGACCAGUGCGUCUAUGAGCUGCACGUCUGGCUGCUGGCGGCGGACCGCCGCAGCGUCAUCGCGCAGCACCACGUGGCCCCCAGGAGCCCCGGGAAGGGCCGACCCGGCCACUGGAUCCAGGUGUCGCACGUGUUCCGCCAGUAUGGCCCCGGGGUUCGCUUCAUCCACUUCCUGCACAAGACCAAGAACCGCAUGGAGCCCGGGGGGCUGCGGCGGACGCGGGUGACCGACUCAUCUGUGUCGGUGCAGCUCAGAGAGUGAGGCAGGCCGCCCCUGUGCCUCCCUGACCCCGUAGCACCUGCUCAGCCUCUAAGGCCCUGGUCCUUGGCUCCUCCCUGUCCCUUUGUCACUUCUCUGGCCUCUUGGUGUCUCGCUCCCCAACCCUUUAGCUCCAUUGCAUCCCCUCAGCACCACCCUGGCCCCUUCCUGACCCCUCAGCACCUCUGUCCCAACGCUGGUCCUUUCAUUUUGCUGGCCCUUGGCUUCUCUUCACAUGUCCUCCCAGUUCUCUGACACAGGGGCCACUGCUUGCAAAUUCAGUGCUUGCCAGAUAGUAGGUGCUCAGUAAAUCUUCCCUGCGUGAAAGCACAUACUGAGGAUGCUGCGUGCUUCUGUGGCCUCUGCUCCUUAUAACUUCUCUCGGUGCAUACCCCGUGGGCACCUCUGGACCAUUUACACCGACCCUGACCUCUGAACUCUUCCCACGCCACUACUGGACAGCCUCUUGCCUGCCCCACUUAGCUCUUCUCCCAUGUCCCUGAACGCUCAGGGAUUCCCCAAUCCCCUCCUGCUUCCAAGCCAUCUGUUGUUCCCCGGGAUCUGUCCCUCACCUUCCUUCCCAGGACCCCUUGCUUCUCUUUCUCUACUUCUGCCACAGUCCCUGACCCCAGAUAGCCCUCAGGGGUCCUCGUCCCUGGGGGUACUGGGAACACAGACCGCAACCUGGAGAGAAACGUGAAGAUUAGAACCAAAGUGUCCUCUGCGUGUCAGGGAGGGGGAUUAAAAGUAUUUAACAAGCC